AAGGAAUCAAGCACCGAUAAAUGCUUUUCCCGCCUUUCCCUUCAGAAAGGGGGCGCGUGUUGGAUGACGUAGAUGAGUUGCGACAGAGGUUUAGCUACCUGAUGGCUCCGGCAGUAAGGAGGGGGAAAUGUCCGAGCCAAAAGAAGAUCGGGGGAGCGCAGAACUCGCAAAUUCAGCGUGCGCGGAAAAAGACAUGGGGGCGAGAUCCGCGUGCCGCGAGGGGGAGCGUCCAGGAGGGACAAGGAUUUGCCUUUUGGAGAAAGCAAAAGGUUCAACGUGCUUACAAGAAAUUACUGAAAAAACAAAAAGAUGCCAAUUCCCAGAAGAGUGUUGGGUAUACGGAUAAUUACCCAGAACACUUGAAGCAUCUUUAUUUAGCUGAAGAGGAAAUGCUGAAAAAGCAACGUAAGCCUAAAGAUAAUGGUCCAGUUCUAUUGGAAGAAAUGAGUAUCAGCACAACCAAGAUCAAUGUGACAAAGAGGCGACUUAAAGCAAAAACUUCAAACCAGAAAGCAAAAGAAGAAUAUGAACAAAUAAAGGCUAAGCGGGAUGAGAAAAAAGAGGCUGCCCGAAAAAGGAAGGAGGAGAGAGAGAGAGCUCAGAAACUUUACAAGCAAAAGAAAAUGGAAGCAUAUAAAAUAUUAAGUAAAAGGACUAGAAAAGGACAGCCAAAUCUUAACUUGCAAGUGGAGUAUCUCCUUCAGAAGAUACAGCAGAAACCAUGAAUGUUUAUUUUUAAAACAGUUGCAAAAAAUACCUGUGUAAUUGAAAUUACUCACUGUAUCACUGCCUCUAUGAUCAAUCAGUUCUCCCAUUUUUAAUGCAGAUUUUAUCCAGGAGUGGCCUGCUCUGAAAGUGCUUGUAUUGGACAGAAUAGAUGAAUUGCUAUUGUAAUGUCCACAUCGGCAUUGUGUUUUUUCCACUUGAUUGUUUUUGUAGUUUGGCACUACUUCACUGCCAUGCUUAAUUAUUCUGACAGCUCAUAUUGCUGAGUACGUUUAUAUGGUUAGAGCCUUACAGAGCAUCUAUUUUCUAGCAAGUUACAUAAUGUCUCAUAGUGGCUGUCAAAGUCUUAAGUGCAGGAUUAAAAUGAUAAAGAACUGAAUGUUUUGGGAAUGCUUAGCCCAAAAUAAAUACAUGCUAUAUGGUAAACUCAAAAAAUGGAAAACAAAAUACAUGGACAUACCAAGUUUAUUGAUAAUACAAACAUAUAAUUUGAACUCAUCAUUAACAGUGUGAUUAAGAUGCUCGAUAAUGGGUUGAACAGAUUUUGACAGAGUAAUAGUAGGAGUUGCAGGCUGCACACCUGCUGAUAUCCUAGGCCUUAGAAUUGGUCAGGUACUUCAGUAUGGGCUCUUCAUAUAGUCUCAUAAGUAUUAUCCAACAGCUAGAUUCUACCCCGCUCCUGUAUAUGCACAAGACAUUACAUAUGCCUUUUUAGUGAAAGGUACCUUAGCCAUUGUUCAGAAAAUAGCCAUUGGAAUUGGAAAUCAAAAGAUCCUGUGUUGUGUUUCACUCUGCACUCAGUUUUGUAGACUCCCCCCCGCCUUUUUGCUUGAUUCCCUUAUCUUUAGGAGUGGUGUUUGAGAGGCAAAUGCAAGGGCUUGUGUUCAAAAGGGCUGAAAAGCAUCAGUGUAUGUGUGGAAUGCUGGGUGUACAGUUUGGAUCCAGCACAAUAAGUAAAUAUAUUCUGUAAAACUUUGUCACUUACAUAUCUGGCAUAUCAAAAAUUUGAGA